GCAUUUCCUACGACUGAAGAGGAAUUCAAGAACGAUGUACGCGUCUCGUUCGAUAAGCUCAGCAAUAAAUGGAUGCUCGAAGAGGAGAACGGCGCCGAAUAUGAGUGGAAUUCACAAUUCGAGAAAUGGGUCCCUUCAGUCGACGAGGCUCUCGCGCAGCAGCAAGCCUCCAUUUAUGCCAUGAAGGACGUUGACGAAAAUGCGCCGGCAAUCGACAGUAAGAAGCGCAAAGCAGAACAGAAGGCCAACAAGCCAGACAAGAAAUCAAAGAUCGAGCGACCCAACAGCGCCGUCUACGUGACAGGUGUCCCACUUGACGCCAGCAUCGACGAAAUCCACGACGUUUUCAAGAAGUACGGCAUCAUUGAGGAGGAUAUCCACACAAACCUGCCAAAGAUUCGUAUGUACGCCGACGAUGAGGGCAACUUCAAGGGCGAGGCAAAGGUCAUAUACUUCAAGCCCCAGAGUGUCAGUCUGGCUAUCACUAUGCUGGACGGCACCGACUUCCGCAAACCUGGUGAUGGCGACCUGCACGUCGAGCUGGUCGAUGACUCCUACUCAAACAGGAACAAGGACCAAGGGGACAAGAAAGAGCAAAAGGAAGUGUCGGUGGAGAACAUUAAGAAGAGACGCCCCAAGCAAGAUCGCUACUUGGCCAUCGAGAAGACCAAACAAAUGAACGCCCGCCUGGCAGACUGGGACGAUGACGACCCGAGUGUUGUUGCUCCCCCGCCAAACCCAUCAAAAUACGCCAAAAUCGUCGUUCUCAAGCACAUGUUUACCCUUGAGGAACUAGAAGAGGACGCUGCCGCACUACUCGACAUCAAAGCCGACAUUCGUGACGAAGCAUCCAAAUAUGGCGAAGUCACCAAUACUGUCCUUUACGACCUCGAGCCUCAAGGAGUCGUCACUGUGCGCUUCAAGGAUGCGGAAUCAGCUGUUCUCUGUGCCGAGGCGUUCAACGGCCGCUGGUUUGAUAAGAGAAGAGUCAUCGCCUAUGUACCCCAACAUCGCGAAGAUUUCGCCAAGAGC